UUAGCUGAUAAUCUGUCUAGCUCUCCUUCACUCGCAUGGGGUCCUUGCAGGCUCGUGCAUAUUCACAGGAUUAGGCUGUUAGAACAACUCGUGUUAGCGUUGAUCUAAUUCUAUUGAGCCAUUUGGUUACUUCAAACUGUGUGACAAGACAACGAGUUAGUGAACCCUGCAUAGUUUCUGUGCACCGGAUACACCAUGCAUAGUUCACCGCUAAAGAUGAAAGUAGUGAACAUUUAAUAGCAUGCGUGAAGUUGCUUCCAACUAAACAAAGCGUAAACACUUAGGCCAAGUAGUUUCCAUUAUCUAGACUAUAAAGGGAGACAACGCUGACUUGAGCCACAUAUCUCCAUUAUAAGUCGACAGCAAUGGCUGCAGCCGCUGGACAACACUUCUUCGAAGGAACUGAAAAGCUUCUCGAAAUUUGGUUUACGUCUUCUGAAAAUGACAAAUCUUGUGAUUUAAGGACAAUACAAAGGAAAGAUUGGGAAAAAUUGUUGAAGCUGGUCCGUUGUGAGAUCAUCAGUUUUAUGAAACAUGAAGAUAUGGACUCUUAUGUGUUAAGUGAAAGCAGCAUGUUUGUCACUAAGAACAGAUUUAUUUUGAAAACAUGUGGAACUACAACCUUGUUAAUAGCUGUGAAACAGCUGGCUCAGUUGGUAAAAAAGGAAUGUGGUUAUGAUACAAUAGCUGACAUCUUUUAUUCUCGGAAAAAUUUUUCUCGCCCUGAGCUCCAGCAUUAUUUGCAUCAAUCUUUCGAUAAAGAAGUAGAUCACUUGGACCAGAUGUUUACAAAUGGUGCAGCUUAUGUUCUUGGUAGAAUGAACAAAGAUUGCUGGUAUCUGUACACAUUAGAGAAUGGUCGUGUAGAACAACCUGAUCAGACAUUGGAACUUCUAAUGUGGGAUAUGUGCAGAAGUAAAAUGGAAAUAUUCACAAGAAACCAAUCCAUUGAUGGGAAGGAUGCUACAAAGAAAUCAGGCAUUUGUGACAUAAUUCCCGGGAUUCAAAUUGAUGACUAUUUAUUUGAUCCUUGUGGCUAUUCCAUGAAUGGACUUCUUCCUGGGGGUUACUAUAUCACUAUUCAUGUUACACCAGAGCCUCACUGUAGCUAUGUCAGUUUUGAAACUAAUGUUCCUCAGGCUUCUUACCAAGAGCUGCUUAAAAAAGUUUUGGAUGUCUUCAAACCUGGCAAGUUUCUGAUGACUGUCUUUGCUAACACUGCUUCCAUUGCUAAAGACACCCACAGACACAUGGAACAUUUGGAUACUAUUGAAGGCUACAUGAGAAGUGACCACCAGUUCUGCAGUCUCAAAAACUACUACUUGACCUACACACAGUUCUCUCGUCCAGUUAUUUAGGAGACCGUGUGCAGGGGCCUUGUAAGGGUGCGUCAUUGUAGCCAACAAGUGAGAGGGAGGAUGUGUGAAAGAAACCAUUUGGCUUGCUGUGUACGUUAUAGAGCUCCCUCCCUGUUGAAGAUGCACUCAAGGCCUGCCUGCACACCAUUCAAGAGGCUAGUUAGUUCUGAUUCUAGAUAUUCUUAUUCACCUUUUAACUUUGCUCGAUGUUUUUCCUAUUUCUCUCGUGUGUGUCCUCGCUUUGUUUUUCGUUUUUGUUUGCGCUGUCAGAUUUUUGUGUGGCGUUCUCGUAAAGGGAGAAAGAAGCUGAGUGUUAGGAAGGGUUACAUUGUCAGGAAGCCUAAAUAAUAUUUUUAAAGGGGAAGCCUUCAAUGGUGUGUUCAAAUCUUUGUCGAAAACCCCUAUUCGACUGAAUGUCAAACCUACCACCAGAGGCAGGCAUGGAAUGAAAGCAAAGCACUGGACAAGAUUUGACUGGUUUGUCAGGAAAUGUUGCAGUUUUUUUCUACUAUUAGUGGCUUUUAUCAAUUUCAACAGCAUUUUUUUUAAACUGCUGAUGAGCUAUCACACUCUUUGUUGAAAUCUUCAAUAAUGAUCUUUCUACUAUUUAAUAAUGCCACAAUAAUUUUUUUUUUACUAUUUUAAACUUUGUAUUUAACAAUUUCCCUUAAAGAGAAAAAAGAAAGAAAUUAGUAUUACCCUGAUGUUAUUUGAAAUUAUUUAGUACCAGUAUUCAAAACUGAAGGUCAGGUUUAUAUUUAAAAUAAGCUAAGAGGAAGAUCAGUAAAGUGUUUUUUGAAUGUAAACUAACAUUUUUUUAGUACAGUGGGCUAUAUGGAAAAGCAGCAUUAUAAUGCUGACAAAAAACUAAUCAUAUUGAAGAUUUAUUGUCAGUGAUUAAUUUAAUAACUUUUCACUUCAAAAAAAUAAAUGCAGAAUUGUCCAUCCAUAUCCUUGUCAGUUCUAACUUAAGGAUUCUACUUGUUUUGAGAAUUUAAUGAACUAAAUCUGAAGAAGAGAUGUUUCUUCCACUUUUCAUCUGACAUAGUGUGUGAUAGCCGAGUUUCUAUUUCAGAUUUUAUACAGUGCACGCUAUUUUUGAAAUAGCAUAGAUUUUUGUUUUCUCCACAUUUUUCUACCAGUCCUAUACCUAAUGACUCAGUCAGUUUGAGAUUGCAACAUUAUUGACAUUCAUUUGUCCAACUAAAGAUGUUUUGUUUUCUAAUAAGUUUCCAUUCAUAAGCAUGUGAAUGGCUUAUACAGUUACAUCCCUAGUAUUACCAGCAGAAGUGAAAAAAGUUAUUUUCCAUAUUAAGGGAUACAACAUUGAACUAAACUAGAUUCAAGACCAUCUGCCAGAUUAUAUCUAAACUAUCUGGUAACUAUGUUGUCUUGACAGAACUCUGUUAUUCCAGUGUGACACCCUUGCACAUUGUGUCACAAUGCGACAAUUUUUUUUUAUUUAUGUCAAUGUUUUGUCUGACUAUGUUUUGUUUAUCUGUAGUGAAACAUUAUUCUGAGUUUGGACUUGUUAUAAUUUUUUGUUUUAAAUAUCAAGUCAAGUUAGCUUUACUUAGUCAAUUAUAAUUUAUUUCUUUUUUCAUUCAAUGGUUUUAUUGUUUUUGAAAGCCUGAAAAGUUUUAUUUUUGCAAGUUUAAAUAUUAUAUUUAAUGUGCAAUCUCAAUUUUAAAGGUUCUAUGCAAAUUUUCCAUUUUUUUGCUUUUGAAAAGGAAAAAAAAAAAUUGAAAAUGGCAAUUUGACAGCAUUAAAUGUAUUUAUCAAUUGUGAAGUUUAGGCCAUAUACACCUUGGAUCCAAAUUUACUAUUUUGAUCUGAUGCUAAAAGAUAAAAUUCAAUUGGGCAUUUUUAUUUGACUUUUGUAUACAACUAUCUUGAUAUAUUUAUCUUGAUCAAAUGUAUUUUUAUUUGGUGAUUGACUAUUAGAUCCAUUACAUUGGUUUGAAUUUUAAAUUUUCUAUUCAUUAUUUUGCACAUGAUAUUAGUGUGUCCUGGGCAUUAUAUGCUAAAAGAAAAUCAAUUAUUUAACUUUUUUAUUUGUUUAUGAGUUGGACCUCACAUUCUGUAUAGCUUAGCAAUCUCUUAAUAGUCUUUAUUGUGGGGGGUCACCAUUCUAUUACUCUUUAUCUAUGUACCAGACAUUCUACCAAAGGAGUCAACUCUUAUUUAGCCCAGGCAUCAUCAGUUUCUGUUUAAGAAAACAAUCUUGUGUACCCCAAGCAUAUUGUCCCAAAAGAAAAUGUCCUAACAAAGUUAUUAUGACCUGCUUCAUUUCAUUUUUAUUAUAUCCUGUAAAUGAUUUUUGUUUUAGCAUUUAAAUUUGUUUUUAAAAAGGUUUCAUAAAACAUUUAUCUAUUACUAUUACCACUGUUUCCUAUAACAUGUUCAGCUUUCUCUAGAUCAACUCUAUUUUUGAUACCCUCACAUUGUGCAGCACACAGCACAUACAUUUCCAAAGAAUGAACUAGUCAAUUAAAACUUCCAAAGAUACAUUUGAAAUCUGUUUUGAUGUGAAAACUUUGUUGUUUGGUACUCCAUUUUGAAUUUGUUGACUAAGGCGACUGAAGUAAGCAAAUAGCUCUGAAAUGUUUUUUCAAUGUUUGUCUGUCCAUGCAGACAACUUUGAAAAUGUAGCUAUUGUGUGUGUAUGUGUGAUACAUUUUUAUUGAACCAUUAAGAAGUGAAAUGUGUUUAUCAUGUUAGGCUAAGGUGUUUCUAUUUUUUUGUUCAGCACAUAUUUUGGUUGUGGGAUUAUUGCUUAAUGUACACUUUGCUAUUAGAUAUAUAUUUUGCCUUGUGUGUAGUAGCAUACUCCAUUUUUUUGUUUUUUUUUUUGUUUAUUAAAAUACAAUAUCUCAAAUAA